AUGGAGUACAAGGAUGAUUCCGAGUUCUUGGAUGAUAUCCAGAAGUCCAAAACCCGAUCCAAGGAAAUCGUGAGAAUGCAAAUGCACUUAGCUUAUCGUGAUGAAUCAGAGCCCGCAAGUGAAGAUGAAAAUCAAGCACCAGCUAAUGCCGAAGAAUUUAA